AUGUUUCUUGUCUACGAAACAGACCAAUAUGAGAGCGCCGUGAGAAAGCUGAACGAGAGCUUAGUCAAGGCCACCUCCCUCCUUCCAUUUCUCAGGGGCUCUGUUCAUAAGUCGCUGGACGGCGGCCAUCCGCGCAACCAGCUGUCGCUAUCAUGGUCGUCUCUGGACCCGCCGCCAGCCCUGGUCGAGACACCCGCUCCAGAGUCCCUACCAAGUUUCGAGGCGCUGAAGAUGGACAAUGCGCCGCUCUCGGUCUUCCAAGAGCGCCUCAGCCCUGUACCAGCGUUCAUCAACUACCAGAUCCCGGGGACAAGAGCCCCGGUCCUCGUGAUCGGAGCUACACGCCUGGGAGGGGGGCUCAUACUAUGUCUGUGCGCUCAUCACGUCGUCAUGGACGGGGCAGGAAUGGGCAUGUUCCUCAAGCUUUGGGGUGACUGCAUGAGAGACGAGCCGAAACGUGCCGAUGACAAGACGUCGUUCGAUCCCGGAGAACUCUACUACAGGGAGUCCUGGCUACGGGAUGCCAGCGGUGAUUUCGCCAGGACCGAGCCGAAAGCUACACUUGAGGAGCUUCUCCUUCGACAUCCGGAAUAUAGCCUUCGAUCUCUGAGCUCGGCUCCGUCGUCUGUGCCGACCAAUGUCUCUGGCCACCCAGUCAAAUGUGCCGCGAAGAUCUUUGCCUUUUCAAGUGCCAAGUUGCAGGAGGCGAAGAAGGCCAUGAGCAGUUCGGUCCAGGCCAAGUUCCUAACGGUCAACAAUAUCUUGGGCGCUGCCCUGUGGCUCUCCAUCACGCGUAUUCGGCUCGAACGCAUGCGCCACGAUGGCCUCGCAACUGUGGCAGGCUCUGCCACCUCGAAGCUUGGCUUUGCCAUUAAUGCGCGCUCGAGGGUCAGACCCGCCGUGUCGAACAGGUCAUACUUGGGCAAUGUGACUAUGCUCAAGGUGGUCGAGUUUCCUGCUACCAUGCUAGAAAGCAUCGCUGGAAAUGCCAUGGCCAACCCUGCCGCCGCCGAGCUAUCGCUCAUGGCACCAGUUAUCAGCGCCAUUGCCGCAGCGACAUCCGCGGUGACUGCCACCCAUGUCGGCGAGGUUGUGGCGUUUGCCGAUCAACUCGCCGACGUUGAAGAUGUCGGGCCCGGGUGGAACUCGUUCCAUUUGGACCUGGGAUAUACAAGCUGGGCAAACUUAGGGAUGUACGAUUGCGACUUCGGGCCCAGUUUAGGGGGCAAGCCGCGCUUCGCCAGGAUCCCAUAUUUGCCUUAUAUUGACGGUAUGGUACUUGGCUUACCGAGACGUAGGCCGGAGGAUACUUUAGAUAGGCAGGCUAUGGAGAGAAUCGAGGUUGCUAUCAUGCUGAAUGAGCGAGAUAUGCGGGCACUGGAGGAGGACGAGACAUUGCGAAGGUGGAGUGCUUGA